AUGUCUAGGGAUUGUCCUCAGAAUAAGAAUCGGAUGCAGGGGAGGAGCACUGGUCGAGUCUAUACUUUAGAUGCAAGGAAGGCUAAGAGCAACAAUGCCUUAAUUGCUGGUACGUGUCUCGUCAACGAUCAUCCUUGUUUUGUAUUAUUUGAUUGUGGGGCGACACACUCUUUUGUAUCAAUUUGGUGCAUGAAGCGUCUUGGCUUGCAAGCAAUUCCUUUCUCUCCUUCUAUGGUGGUUAUUACCGCCAUGGAUGAUGUAGUUAAGACACCUUUGAUUUGUGAAAAUUGUUCGCUCUCGGUGAAUGGUAGAAUUUUCCAGAUUGAUCUUAUUUGUUUACCACUUGAGAAGGUUGAUGUAGUUUUGGGGAUGGAUUGGCUUCCCGCCAAUUCGGUAUUUAUUGGAUGUGAAGAUAAGUUAAUUAUCAUUCCAUCUAAUGAAACUACUUCAAGGGAUAUAUUAACUAUUAUCUUGGAAGGUACGGUUGGCGUGGUUAAUUUCUUAUUUGAGAAGGAAAAGUCAGUUCUCUUGGUUCUCACCAAGGAAUCUAGCGAUAAUCUGAGUGUUACACAAAUUCCCAUCGUUUGUGAAUUUCAAGAAGUUUUCCAUGAGGAUGUCCCUUAUCUUCCUCCUAAAAGGAAAGUGGAAUUCUCUAUUGAUCUGAUACCUAGGACGGCUCCAAUCUCCGUUUCUCCACAUCGUACGGCGCCGCUCAAGUUGAGAGAAUUGAAGGAUCAAUUGGAAGAGUUGUUAACCAAGCAUUUCAUCCGACCUAAUGUCUCACCAUGA